GGAAGCUCUCAGAGUGGGGCAUCAAUGGCACGAUAGCGUCGAGCUCGGGACGAUAAGGGACUUGAUGGUUCGAUUAGAAUUCAUUCAUCCCGCCGAGGAAGUUGCAACUGAAAGUGAAACUCUAUCUUUCCUUUACGGUUCUCAUCUCGUCAUUCCUGAUCUUCCGUCGUAAUCUUGUGUUCUGUCCCGUGACUCACUCGUUCAUCUCAACUACCACGGGACACGCCGUUGAGCUUUUUUCAGCUUCAACUCUCUCUCUGUCUCUCUCAACACUCAACUGCGCCAGUCGCAAAUCUUCCAACUUGAACUCUCUCAACAACAUCAAUACCACAAACAGUCAUCAUGCCGCGUACCAUUGUCACCAAGGUUGCGCGCGCAACUUCGCGCUCUCUGCAAACCGUCCGCAACACCCGCAUCACCCCCACCCCAUUCGCCGCGGCCUCAGUACUCCCAAGAACGACAGUCCCUCGCUUCUUCUCAACCGCCGGCCCCAAUGGCAACAUGAUCACUCCCGACAAACAGCCCGUCCAGCCCAAGGAAGAUGCCGCUCCCAGUGUUGUCCGCGCUGCCACCGAGUUGACCGAUGACGAGUACCACAAGCUCGCCGAUCUGUACAUGGACAGACUCGUCACCCACCUCGAAGAACUCCAGGACGAGAGGGAGGACAUUGACGUCGAGUACUCGGCCGGCGUCCUCACAGUCUCGUUCGACGACGGCAUCGGCACCUACGUCAUCAACAAGCAACCGCCCAACAAGCAGAUCUGGCUGUCUUCGCCCAAAUCCGGUCCCAAGCGCUACGACUAUGUGGCGUUAGGUGAUGGCCAGAACGAAAAGGAGGGUACGGCCAAGGGCGAGUGGGUGUAUCUGCGAGACAACUCGACCAUCAACCAACUCUUCCGUGAUGAGCUACAGAUCGAUCUUAGCAUGCCGGUCGGCCAUUACGGCGAGGAGGAGGCUUAGGGAGGUCACGGUGGGCUUGUUAUGUUGUCUUUGCGGAACACGGGUACAUGCGAGCAAAUGAGAUUAGUGUGAGAGCGACAGCGAGCGCGUUGGGGUAGGGAAAAGACGUAGAUUAUGGGAUGGGCGUCUUGGAGGAUCGAAGGGUUGCAGUGCUUUAGCCUUUUGAUGUUAUUGGGGGUCGUAAUGCCUUUGAGGUGAGAACGCAAGAUGUGUACGAUUCGGGUGUGUAUAGUAUUAUUUGCAUUGUGUUCAUGGCAAGGAGCUGAGGGAUUGCAUUUCUAGGCGGAUAAACCUCGAUGAUCAGCGCAUUGAAUUAACAACAUCAUCAAAUUCGUCAAUAUUCUUUUCGA